UGCUAUGGUCACGUGACAGGGAGAGGCUGUCACUCAGGGACCAAUGGGAGCGCAGAGGAGCACCAAGGCCCCGCCUCUAGUUGGAAGGCAGGCCUUUGGAGCCAGAAAAGGAAGGAAGGAAGAAGGACUAGGGGCCAGUGGGAGGUUUUGCCUUCCGGUCCCAGGGCUGCCGCCAUGUCAGAGCGGGAGGAGCGCCGCUUUGUGGAGAUCCCGCGGGAGUCGGUGCGCCUGAUGGCCGAGAGCACCGGCGUGGAGCUGACCGACGAAGUGGCCGCGCUGCUGGCCGAAGAUGUCUGCUACCGCCUCCGCGAAGCCACCCAGAACAGUUCCCAGUUCAUGAAACACACCAAGCGGCGGAAACUGACGGUGGAAGACUUCAACCGGGCUUUGCGCUGGAGCAACGUGGAGACCGUGUGCGGCUAUGGCUCUCAAGACGCCCUCCCUUUCCGAACCCUCAAGGAAGGAGAGCUGUAUUUCCAGGAGGACCGGGAGGUCAACUUGGUGGAGCUGGCCUUGGCGACCAACAUCCCCAAGGGCUGCGCGGAGACGUCCGUGAGAGUUCAUGUCUCUUACCUGGAUGGGAAAGGCAACCUGGAGCCACAAGGGUCUGUGCCCAGCGCUGUCUCUGCUUUGACGGAUGACCUCUUGAAGUAUUACCAGCACGUCACUCGGGCGGUUUUGGGAGAUGAUCCUCAGCUGAUGAAGGUUGCCCUUCAGGACUUGCAAACCAACCCAAAGAUUGCUGCCCUCCUACCAUACUUCGUUUAUGUUGUGAGCGGGGUCAAGUCCGUGAGCCACGACUUGGAUCAGCUGAACCGCCUUCUGCAUGUGGCCAAGAGCCUGAUCCAGAACCCCUACUUGUACCUGGGCUCCUAUGUCAAGAGCCUCAUUGCCAGCGUCAUGUACUGCGUGCUGGAGCCCCUGGCUGCCUCCAUCAACCCCCUCAACGACCACUGGACCCUGCGGGACUAUGCAGCCAUGCUCCUGGGACACAUCUUCUGGACUCACGGUGACCUGGUCAGUGGACUCUACCACCACAUUCUGCUGUCGCUUCAGAAGGUGCUGGCUGACCCCGUCCGGCCUCUCUGUUCCCACUAUGGGGCCGUGGUGGGGCUCCACGCCUUGGGAUGGAAAGCGGUGGAACGGGUCCUCUACCCUCACCUCUCCACUUACUGGUCUAACCUCCAGGCCGUACUAGAUGACUAUUCCGUGUCCAACGCUCAGGUCAAAGCUGAUGGCCACAAGGUGUACGGGGCCAUUUUGGUGGCAGUGGAGCGACUCCUGAAGAUGAAGGCUCAGUCCAUUUUGGUGCCAACACAAGCAGAGGGUACCAACGGGGAUGGACGCACCCGGGAGGGCAGCCCUUGGCUCAGCCCCCUCCAGGACCCUCAGGUGGAGUUCGGAUUUGGCAUUGCAAGCCACCUUUUGCAGCUGGGCAGCGGUGGUGGGCCACAAGCAGGCAUGGGCAUCUCUGCUAACCCGCCUGAAAUCUCCCUGAAUGAGAUUUACCAGGAACUCUACUACUUCUUCGGGGAUAGUUUGGCCACCCGUUUUGGGACGGGAUCGGGGCUGUGCCCACCAGAACCCCUGCCAGCUAGCACUCCCAAGGUGCCUGAUGCUAAGAAAGAGCCAACGGCCUUUGGGACCGGGGAUGCAGUGCGCAAGAUGCCCCAGCUGACCGCCAAUGCCACGGUGAGCCCUCGAGAUGAGGAGAGUCCCCGGGCUGAGUUCUCAGGUGGGCGCCCAUCUUUGCACCGCUCGGCCAACCUUGCCCGCUCUCGCAGCGCCUCCCGCCAACAAGGACACCGACCGGGCAUCCGGGACGUCUUCCAGAAGUGCCGCUUCAGCCCCCAAGGGGCACCACAUUUCAGCUUCGUCAUUGCUGGGCGGCAGGUAGAGAGGCGAUGCCAGGGCCGCCUCUUCCAGACCUGUUUCCUCCAGCACCAUGGGCCCAGCCCUGUCUCCCGCUAUGCCCAGAAGCUGCCCAUGAUUGGCCGGACCGCCAAGCCAGUCAAGAAGUGGGCACACUCCGAGUAUUCACUCUACUUGCCACUCUGAAGAGAGACAGACUAUCUGCGCAUAUGUGUGUUUCUACACUUCUCUUGAUUAGCGUCAACUGAGUCAGGGAAUCUGUUCUGGGUUCCAAUCCAGACUUGCUCUUCAGGUGUUUAGUUUUGCCUGAGCUUUUGGUGUGCAUUGACUGUGGUGGCGCCAGAGCUAUUUCUGGAUAACAUGUUGUUUGUGGCUGAAAUUUUGGAUUGCUCCGCUGACGUUCAGGAGUGGGUCUGCCCCACUGAUGUGGAAGACAUUGCCCUCGACCGUGAGAAUCUGCCCCUCUUGGUCCUUCAAUCAAUUUGGAGAAUGAAAGUGGUGGCCAUCUUGUAGUGAUCUGUAGUUUUAUCCUGGAGGAUUUGGGUCCCUUGCCGUCUCAACUCACAUUUCCUUCCAGAUUAGGAUUAUUAUGACAUUUUCCAUCUCUGGAGGACUGGAUGGGGGUCUUUGGGGGCCUCAGAAGUGCCAGCCAGGGGUCUGGUGCAAGGCCCACAAUUUGCCACAUAGGACCUCUGGAGGACCCCUGGGAAGUCCCAGAGAUUUAUAGGGAAAGGAGACCAGAGGGAUGGAAGUUUUGCCCUGAACAUUCCUGAUGCCUCUAACGUUUGGAGGGGGAAAGAGUUCCCAGAAUCCCCCAACCAGUAUAGGCACAAGGGAUUCUGGGACUGGUAGUCUUUAAAAGGCCACUUUUUGAAGCUCUGAGUUUGAGACACUUUUCAGGUAAUCUAGUCCUUGUAAGCAUUGUAAUGAGCAUCCCUUUAGCGGGAAUGUUCAGUGCUUAAUCUCUGGACUUUCUUAGAGAAAAAUUUGAGCACUAAGGGGACACUGUGCAGACCAUUGGCACCAGGAUUCGAACACAGGACAAAGUGGGGAGGUGUGUGGGGUGGCUGCCAACUGCCACAGGGGACAAAACUGCUCCAGAUUUAUAAAUCACGCUUGAAGAUUGUCUCUGAACUUGAGAGUACAGUAACACAUUAUCUACACUUCAGUGCUUUGUGGGAAGUGACAACACAAGAAUGUUAUUUUUAAAAAAAUGAUCAUGUUACAUUUUGGGAUGUUUGGGGGUUGUUGUUUUGUUUUUUUAAGAGUAAGGAACAUUGUUUAUUUGUUGUUCCAAAGGGGGACUGGGAGCCACUUUUGUAUUUCCAAGUUUAUUUAAAUAAAGAGGAACUAAAAGGCAA